AUGGAAAUCAAGGGAAACCUAAUGAAAGAGCAUCAAGAAGCGAUCGUACUUGAGAGCACGCCUACCAAAUUAAGUAUGAAAUGUUGUAAGUAUGAACAGGGUUGCCCGUGGAGGGUUAGGGUAAUAAAACCAACGUACAGUGAAAAAUGGGAGGUUACUAAAUGGGGUGGAGACCACAAUUGCUUGAAUGAUCAUAUUUCUCAGGGUCAUAGACAGCUUGAUGCUGAUGUGAUUGCUUCACUCGUACUAGGAAUGAUACGAGAGGAGCCAUCAGUGUCAAUUUCACUUGUUCAGGAGAGGAUCACACAUGCGUAUACUUUCAAAGUUUCUUACAGAAAGGCAUGGUAUGCAAAACAAAAAGCAAUUGCGAUCAUGUAUGGUGAUUGGGAGGGGUCUUAUGCAUUUUUUCCUAGGUGGUGUGAAUAUAUGCUUCGCUUUUCUCCAGGUUCUAUUUAUAAUAUUCAUACAGAUGAUUAUUUUGUUGCCCACCGACUGGUACGUGAAAAACGAGUGUUUGAUCGCAUUUUUUGGACUUAUAGACAAUGUUGCGAGGCUUUCAAUUUUUGCAAACCAGUAAUUCAAAUCGAUGGCACUCAUUUAUAUGGAAAGUAUAAAGGGAAAUCAUUGAUUGCCACAGCUCAAGAUGGAAAUGCUGAAUGUUUGCCAUUAGCAUUUGCAAUUGUUGAAGGCGAGACUUUGGAAGCAUGGCAGUACUUCCUCGAUAACAUUCGUCGUCAUGUCAUGCAAAAGCAAAACAUAUGUCUCAUUUCAGAUCGGCAUCGAAGUAUAUUAUCUGCUGUGGAGAAUCAUCGUGGUUGGCAGCCACCACAUGCCCAACAUGUGUUUUGCCUUCGCCAUAUUGCAAGUUAUACUCCUUCUAAGGUUGAUUUCGAUAUAGCCUUUGCAAAAUUUCGUGACAUUAGUCCCGAGAUUGCAGAUUGGAUUGAUCAGAUUCCAAAGGAAAAGUGGACAAGGGCAUAUGAUGUCGAUGGACUUAGAUAUGGCCAUAUGACAACAAACUUGUCUGAAUCCGUUAACCGGGUUUUGAAGGGUGCAAGAAACAUGCCAAUAACUGGUUUGGUUAAGCAUACAUACAUCAGGUCACAAUGUGCGUACAUACAAUGUUGA